UUUCAAACCGGAUUUGGUCGCUUGCCGCUCCCACCAUCACGACUUCCGCUCAUCUAUACUGGCCUUAAUUAUCUCGUCUGUACUAUAACCGCCGCAAUACAGCAAUAAUUCGGAUCUCCAGAAAAAGUAGCUCCGAACAUGCAGGUCGAUUUUCCUUACGAGAUCUCUCUGAUAGCCGAACUUCCAGGACACGAAGACCGCGCCUGGCACAUCGCCUGGAACCCCACCAAACCAAUCCUAGCAUCAUGUUCCAGCGACAAAACCGUCCGACUGUAUGACUACACAGCUACCAAAUUCACAUUCCUCACAUCAAUACCAACGGGACACACCAAGACCGUCCGCGCCAUCGCCUGGGCGCCAUCCGGCAACACACUCGCAACAGCCUCGUUCGACUCGAACGUCGGGAUAUGGGAGCGGGAAGACGGAGAAGAAUAGGAAUGCGUGAGUCUGCUAGAAGGACACGAAACAGAAUGCAAAAGUAUCGGGUACUCCUCCACAGGGACGCUCUUAGCGAGCUGUAGCCGUGACAAGUCUGUUUGGGUCUGGGAAGUCCAACCCG